AUGUUCCCUUUUGAAAAGGACACUACAGCUCCAAAGAAGUUAGUGCUAGAUGGUGCAAAUAUGACUAGUAUCACAGCCUUUCCCCUAGGUUUUCCUAAAAACAUCUACGACAACCUGGAAGAAAUCACUUUCAUCUGUCCUCCUAUCGUUUACCUACCUGAUCCAUCUGUCGUUGGUUUCCCAGAUUGGUCAGAAUUACCAUUGAAGAAAGUAAAUUGGAUGUUCUUCACGAAAGAUAAGGAUCAUUACUGGACUCUAGGACAGCACCAUCUGGAUCCUACCAAGCAAAGAUAUGGGAGUGGUAGGUUUACCGACGAAUAUUGGUCAUUUGGUAAAUUUUUGUUAUCUUUCCCAACCAACAUCGAAAUCAAUGUCAUCAACUCUGGCUCAAUCCAUCCAUGCACCAUUGGAUCAGUCUACCUCGAUCAGCAGUAUAAUCAAAAUCUCUUCGCCAAUAAGGUCAGACAGGGUAUGUUAGCAGAGGUACAAUCAAGAGCCAGAAGACACGGACCAGUACAGAAUGGUAAUUACACCGAGCAGGAUCUCAAGAUAAGUUUGGACAUCGAUAUGGCGAAAGCGCAAGAAAGAUGGAGUGCCAUACGAUGGGUGGGAAUGAUAGAAUAUCUGAGAAAUAACGAUUGGGAAGGUGAAUUGGAACCGGAUGAAUUCAAAGUUUGGCUUAAUUCGAAAUGA